AGUUCGGUAAUGGUCUCCGUCCCACUAUGACUCAACGUUACUGAGGUUCUGUAUGUGCUGGAAGGUACACACAAGGAGAGUCUUCCUUGGGAGCACCGUGGUGCCGCUACCAGAGCUGCAGCAGCCCGGGUACUGUUCGUGGAGUUUGCACGUCCCUAUCACCGCGUGGAUUUCCUCUGAAUGCUCCAGUUGCCUCCCACGUCCCAAAGACCGCUGUAGAUUGGUGCUACUGUGGGGAGUGGUAGAACAUGGGGGAAGUUGAUGAGGAUGCGAAGAGAAUGAAAUGCGAUUAGUGUAAAUAGGUGCUUGAUAGUCGGUGUGCACUUGGUGGGCCGGUUGCUGUGCCGUAUGUCUAUGGCUCUACCAUCAUCCAGGCCACAACAAUGUCAUGAUGCCCGUUGGCAAUUUGUGUAGCCACAACUUAGGCGCCAUGUGGUGUCCAUAGUCCAUCUGGGUCACUCUCCGCUCGGAGCUCUUACACACUCCGUCCUGACCGACCAGUACCCGUAAAAAGUGGCUGUGUGAAGACUUACAACCUCCGCCCAAAACGACUCCUUAACUUUGUCGGCGUGGCCUGUGACGGAACGGCUGAGUCGGAGCGGAGCCGCCCCGCCCCCAACCCCGCCUGCUCGUCGUGCGCGGCUCUCGGCGCAGGUCGGCCUGUGGAAACCCGCUGCGCUUCGGCCGACUGACCCUACCCACCAGCUGCGGCCGGAAGGUGGACGGCGGCAAGGUGAAUGUUCAUAUCCCUUGUGCAAAUCAGAGUACGGCUGUCCUUUUUCCAUUGUAUCACCUGAUUGGUAUGUAGCUUGCUGUCUUAGAGCUGGAAAAGCAGUGCAACUUGUUCAUUUCCCCAAAGAACCUAGGGAAAUAGUCACAAUAUUUAAAGAACAGAAAGAAUAUUCAAAAAGGAAGACUCUCCAACACUUCCAGUGUAAUAAACUACUUCACUAUGGAUCCACAAACAGCAGUGAUACACCAAAAGGAGUCUGCAAGACAAAAUGAAGAAUGUGCUGCUGAGUUUAAUGCUAACGAAAAAUUGGAAACUGAAAAGCUAAAUUACAGUUCCGGACAUUUAACCUGUGUGCAUUGUGAUUUUACAUAUACAGAUCAUGAAAUUUUGGAAAAGCACCUUAGUUCAAUUCAUCCUGAAUUCUCUGACUUAACAAAUAUUGUGAUUUAUCAGAAAACUGCCAAAUUGUUUCAUUGUCAGUUGUGUUUCUUUACAAACAAAGUGUAUAGUGAUGUUUAUAAUCAUGUUGCAACACAACACCCAAAAUUGAGCAAGAGUGAAGUGGCUUCCCAAAUAAAAGAGCCUAAUGAAGGAACAGGCAGUGAAACAAAUAAACAGCCACGAGCCACAAAGAGAAAGCUAAAAGAAUCCAAAGCCAUUGAGAAAGGAAAAUCUACAAAAAGGAGAAGAAGAGGACGAAGAAAACGUACAGAAACGACUGUGAGCGCAAUUGAAAUAAAACCUACAAAACCAGCAGAGACAGGCUUGAGUACAGUUGAAGGACAACCUGUUAAGAGAAAACCCGGAAGACCAAAGCGUAAGAUAGAAGAAACAAAAAUUGAUUUCAACUGUGCAAAAUGUGGAACUCGGUUUGGUAGUCUUAAUGAAUUAAAUAUCCAUAAUUGUCAGAAGAAGAAGCUGAAGGAUUCCAACGCUCCACCAUUUGAGUUUGAGUAUUGCGAUUAUAGUGGUCGAUACCCAACUCAGUAUGGAUCUACCCGUAAAUCAACAGUUUCAAAUAACAAUUCUAAAGAGCCAGUAGGUUUGAACAAACCUGAAAAGUCAGCAGUCUUGAAUAAUCCUGAGAAACUGACCAUUUCAAAUAAUCCUGCAGUUUCAAAUAACCUCAAAGAAUUGACAAAAUCAAAUGAUGCCAAAAAGCUGACAACUUCGCAAGAUCCAGUAGAGACAUCUGAAGAAAAAGAUUAUGCAAAAAGUUUACAAGAAAAUGUUAAGUAUGUCAGAGGAACCUUUUACUGCAAUUCUUGUAAAUUCCAUUGCAAAAGCAAAAGUAGUGCCCUGUAUCAUGUCGUACGGGUACAUGACAAGCCUUAUCCUUAUAAGUGUGGUGAAUGUGGAAGAUGCUUUGUUAUGGACAAGGAGCUUAAACGGCAUAUGUCAGUUCAUACUGGAGAAGCUUAUUACAAAUGUUCUAAAUGCGACUUUGAAUCUGAUUAUGCCAGAGCAUUUAAGAAUCAUGAAAAGCAGUGUACUGCUCAGCAGAGAGGAGAUAAUUGUUCAGAAAAUAUCGAUGCUAAGAAGCAGCAGAAUACACCACAAGAGAUAAAAUCAAUCAGCUCGGAAUCGCCUUCAGUCCAGCCUCCCAGUUUUAGUAAGGAAGAAGUACCACCACCGGAAAAGUCUGUGACAAAAUUAGAAUCUUCAGAAGCUGUAUUAUCAGCAGAAGAAGGAAAAAAAUGUAUAGAACUGAGUGCAGGCCAGGUACAAGCCUCAAAGUUACAACAUUUGGAAGCAGAAGAGCCUACAGUAGCUCAUCAACCAGAUUCUGUAUCUUCAAAGGAUAACAUAUCUUGUCAUGAAUGUGGAAAGACAUUUGAAGAACAGGACAUGUACCAAAAGCACAAAGUUCUCCAUGCAGUACAAAAGCCACUAAUUUCUGAGUUCACCCGUGAUGUAUCAGUUUCGAAUGAUGUGGAAAAAAAUACAGAAAGAAAAACAUUCAGUUGUGUUCCUUGCAAUGUCAAGUAUCAAAGUGAAGAGGAUUUACAGCACCAUCUGAUUAUUCAUAAACCAAAUACUGAGGGCAAAAUUUUUAACUGUGAGAUCUGUAGUGCCAGAUUUGAGAAACAAAUUGAAUUGCGUGAUCAUCUAAAAAUUCACAAACAAAAUAUUUCAAAGACUAACCAAGCUAAUAUGGCUGAUAACCGAACACUUUACAAAUGUCAUUACUGCCCUUACAGCACUUACCUCUUUGUAAAUUACAUAGGACAUGUCAAGAUAGCUCAUUCAAAUGAAUUUCCUAUUCACUGCACAUCCUGCGGAGAUGGAUUUCAGCUUCCGGGUGAACUAAGGAAACAUAAAUGUCAGCAGAGUCAAGGUGGCAGUGUCAUAUCUAGUCAGGGAGAUGAAUAACGUUUUUAAUAUAAAAAUGUUAAAAUAGAACGGUAUUAUAAUUCCCAGCACUGAUAUUCCUCUUGUGCAUAAAUAAUUUUCAUUACACAUUUUCAGUUUGAAGAAUGUGACCUUGGAUAAGGGACAUAUGGUGGAGAGAGUGUUCAAUUCUGGAUUACCAGUAUUGUUUAAAGACUUAUAAAAGUGAGACUCUGUCAUAAAUAAACCUUGUAAAGAUUUUAAAAUAUGGUCAUCAUUUACUGGUGCCCUUUAUUUCUGAUGUGCACCCUGAAUAUCGAAAUAUAUUUUCUGCUGAUUACUAACUGAACAAGUAAUCUACAAGUAUUUAAUAGCAUUUUUCAUCUCCAACUGGACUUAUGUGCAUAUUAACAAUAAAAGAAAAAUUGGUUGGUACUCUUGGUUGGUUGUAAGGGAUGCAUUGCUGACAAAUGAAGUUCUUAAUCUGAGCAAUGCAUCUUAGCAAUUGAAUUAUCCACUUCUGUCAACUUAUGAAAAUUUACAGUUAGAUAUUUUAAAAAUUGGUAAUGCAUCAUUUCAGUGCUUGGUUAAGCCUAGUGGCAAAUUACAAAGAAUUUUCUAUACUUGUGUUCUCUGUGCUGUUGAUUAGUAAUUUUGCUUAGCUGUGUAGGUAGACUUGCAAUAUUCUGAUUUUUUUGGUUGUGGAAACAAAAAUGAAAAAAAAAUUCUUUUCAUAUUAUUAGGAAAAGGAAAUGUAAUUUGUUUCUACUGUAACCUAACAUACUAUACAAUGUGUGAAUGUAAGUACUUUUAUGAAAUUCAUUGAAUCAGCUUAAAAUUCCUUAUGGCUUUAGCAGGUUGUUGGUAAGCCUGUAACUUCCAGGUGAGGUUGUCGAUGGAAUUUCUGUUUCCAGUAGUAUAGGUAUUUGCUUAUUGUACAGACUUUUAAUUUUGUAUUGAUGUUGUCUGCUAACUCAUUACUGUAUUUAGUGGAGGGGUUAUAUUACAGGUUAACUUUCAGUUUUUAAAACAAAUUAUAGUUUAAAUUUCUGUGUAUACUAACAGUAUUAGCCAUGUACUAAUGAUAAUUCAGUGCUGAAUCUUUGAGAUAAUUUCAGUAUAGUUUUGGCUUUUUACUAGCUUCAGUUUGUCUAUUCAACUAUAAAUAUGUUUUGCAGUACUUUCUGUAAGUAUAUGGGUAACCUUUAACAUCAAAAAUCCAGAUGAUGUAUGUUUUGAUAAUGUAUGUUUUGUUAAUGUAAUAAAAUACUAAACAUU